UCAUAUCGAGAUUUUAGCGUCAUUUUACCACGUGCUUUUAAACCUAUUGUUAUUGUCACGUGAUUCCGCUGAUCCAAUAGCGUUACAGUAAUCGAGUACUAAAACGUCCGCGCGAGGUUUUAUAAGUCGCGCCAAAUCUUGUUUACAGUGUAAACCAGAUCAUGAAAACAAGAGGAGUGCGAGUAGAUUUCCUGUCUUAUUUUCAAAACAAAGCGGAUAUUAGGCCCAGUAAAAUUAAAUUAUUAUCCUACUCUGAUGAGUACGAUGUAGAUCGUAUCAUAACAAAGAUACCCAGUUGUAAACAACGAACUUAUCCAAUCAAACACAGACAACCUACUUUUUGUUAUAAGGGAGAGGCUAGGCAAAAGGACGGGGAGGUGUGGCCUUGUGGCAUUUCGACACGAUGUGUUUCGUCAUUUGUUUGGACUGGAGAAAACCAGGCUGUUCAGCAGAGAGGAUUUUGA